AUGAAAAUCAUUGUCACAGGGGCUACUGGCCUCGUGGGCCAAGCCAUUAUCCGCCAGUGUCUGUCUCACAAAGGCGUUGAGUCCGUCGUCGCCGUAGCUCGCAAGCCUAUUUCCAUUGAUGAUGUUGGAGAUACUACCAAGCUAAAGAGUGUGGUUGUUCAAGAUUACGAGGAAUAUCCCGCUGCCAUUAUAGCGGAAUUUGCAGAUGCCGAUGUCUGUAUCUGGACUGUCGCUGUCACACCUUUCCGGACUGGCAACUUGGCUGCCGACGAGAUUAAGCGCGUCUGCCAAACAUGCACUAUUGCAGGUUUUAAAGCCAUGUAUAAUGGCCCAACAAAAAAGCCCUUUCGAUUUAUUUAUUUUAGCGCUGAAGGCACACCGACAGAUCUUUCCAAAAAACCACAUGUAAUGGGCGAUUACCAGAUUAUGCGUGGCGAAACUGAGAAAAUGGUUCUUAAUUUACCUCAACAAUAUCCAGACUCCAGUAUCUGUAUUGUUCACCCCGGCGUAGUCACCGCGCCGACCUCUGUUGUUCGGAGCAUGGCAUCCGCAGCGUUUUCAUUCACCAACCUUUUCACCCGCGCGUUUGCAAAUAUUAGUCGCGAACAACUUGCUGCAUCAGUAAUUGAACUCGCAGUUGCAGGGUUUACCAAAAGCUCGUAUACAAACAAUGAGCUUGUUGAAAUUGGUUCCAAGGCACUUCAGACAUAA